AUUUACGAUUUUUUUCCUAUCCGGAAUUUGCCCCAUCUUCCAUUCUCAAUAUCAUCUUACAGUGUGUCUCUUCACGUCCGAGAGCUCGAAAACCGUGUGCAUCCAAGCCCUACCUCCUUCGCAUCCGUAGAUGCCUGCUUGUCUGCGCUGCUGAUAGGGCUACUACCCGUGAAAGACGAGUUGGUGGGGCUUGUUGCUUGUCUGUGUUCUUGAUUUGCACGAUAUCUUUUGAGCCGUCUAGAUAAGAAAUUACAUAGCAUAGGAUUAGGCAGAUGGCAACUGCUUGAGCAGCCCCAACGGAUGAGGGUCCGGCUUGGAGAGAGGCUUGAGCAUGUACCCGAAUGCUUAAUGUGAUUUUCAGAGCCACAUAUCAUAACAAUGCCAUUGUGUGCUUGUCUUGUUUGCAUGCUUUCUCAAGACUUGGGCCAGCUGGCUUCACAGUUCCGGACAGUACGACCUGUCACUACCAUAAACGAGCCUAUCUGAUGAAAGUAAACAUCAACAUCAACAUCAACAUCGACAUCAGCAGCAUGGAGUAAACUGUUGUCAUACCCAUCAAAAUGAUGUUUGCCCUCCCUCCGUGCCGUACCAUGGUGCUGAGAAUGCGGAAGGGCAGCUAGCAGGUGCAGGGGUUCUGGGCCAAGCGAGUCGCUCUCGCCCAGAAAUCGCCGUUGCCAUGCCCGACCUCAUCAACACAGAAGGAGUAAACAACUCUGAUCUCUUCCUUCUCGACGACACCCUCAACGCCGCCCCACGACACUGGCACUCGACGACGCCGCCCAAGGCCUCAAUCACACCGUUGGCUAUAGGCUUCUCUCUUCGACGCGACGACUGGCUUCAUGAGAAAUCAGGAACAGACGCUCUCCGCCCACCGGUCGCAAAAAUAAACAACAUAGCCCAGCCACUCCAAUUCCGAGCAACCCACAAUACAACGACUCAAAACAGCCUGAACCCUCCGUGGACAUCAUGGGUGAGUAAAUCUCUUCGAAGCAGCACCUGACGCGACAGUGGGAGCUGUAUCUCUCGUCUUUUCCACGAGCUUUGGGGCUAAUCCUGUCAAUCAAUGCAGAUCAACAAUCCGUAGACAGCAGACCCCCAAACCCUCGGUCACGAUCAAAUACUGCUGCGUCCAGUAGAAGCAGAAAACGACCUCUCUCGCGCGCAUCUACAACUAGUAUCCACAGCGGAGUCACCCAACCUGGGGUCGAUCAACAGCUUGUAGAUGCUGCCACCGAAUACCAUAAACAAUGGUUUGAGCAAAAUUCACACGCGCAUCAACAACGUUUCGGAAGCAUGAGCCACCAAAUGACUGCCGAAGAUAUGGUUAUACAUUCUGCUUCCCAACUACAAAACCCACGCGGAUAUGAUCUUGAUCCUUCACUCACUGGUGUGAGCCAUCAUCACCCUAUGGUGUACCCCCAAGAACAACAAUAUAAGACGGAACCCAGUCGCCAAUCAAUGCCAGCUGACGGCUAUGGGACAACCUAUGGAGAAGCAGAUAGCCAGAUGAUGGAAGGACGCAGUGAUGAGCAAGAUGAGGUGGACUCUGUCGCCGGCGCACCAGCGAAGAAGGCAUCGAAGUCAAGCGCCGCAAAUGAGUUGGAAAUGAGACAGCUCUUCCAAGCAAACAAGCACCGCAGCUUGCCAGAAGUGGCUACUGAGCUUCAUGGAAAUGAAAGAGGGCCGCAAUCAGAAAGACAGCGACAGGUUUUUGCUAUGCUUUGGAUUGAUUCGGUCUGUGAUAAUGGAAAAGGAUCGGUCCCCAGAGGACGAGUGUAUGCGAAUUACGUGUCAAGAUGUGCAACCGAGCGAGUUACUGUUUUGAACCCUGCUUCAUUUGGUAAACUUGUUCGAGUACUGUUUCCAGGACUCAAGACCAGACGACUUGGAGUACGAGGAGAAUCCAAAUACCACUACGUCAACUUCAGUCUCAAAGACGAUCAACCGGAGUUGACUGAGAAGCAAAAGAGUCAGCCAGCUCAAUCAUUUACCGAGACACCCAGCUUUACAGCAAGCUUCAACCAAAGUAUGAGCACCCAAUAUCCAGUUGACCGGGCAGCAUUCCCAUCUCCAGAUGUAUCCCAGAUUCCCGAGCCAAAGCGAGAAUCAUCAGAGGGCUUCAUGAGACCUCACAGUCUCUAUCAUCAACCCGAGAUUCAAGGAAUUCCUCAACUUGAGUCUACCACUAGCAAGAUGUCUCAACGACUCCACUUCGCACCAGCCACGGAGCCUUUGACGCAAGACUAUGAUCCAAUAUCUUUGCCCAAAAUCGAACAGUAUCUCCCUGUUGGCACAGAUCCAGACUCUGCAAGUGCCUUGACAGCGCUCUACCGAUCACACUGUACCUCGCUUAUCGAUGCUCUUCGUUUCUGUAAAGAGAAGACAUUCUUCCAUCUCUUUACAUCCUUCCACGGCACUCUUACCAUGCCUGUUCAGAAAUUAUUCGCCAACCCUACCAUCGCUCCAUGGAUUGAAGAAUGCGACUUUGUCAUGUACCAAAAGAUGAUGCGAGUCGUUGCACCAUUGACCCUCCAAGUUGCACCAAAACCAGUGCUGGAUACCCUGAGAAAUAUUUCCGAGAAGCUUGUUCCUCACAUCCAAUCGUCUUUUCACGGCCAUCCCAGUCAUGUUGUUGCUGCGAAGGUUGCACCAGCAACGCUGUUCGCCGGCUUAUUGGAUCGUGAGCUAAGGGUGAAUUUGACUGCACAUGCAGCAGCAAACAUGCUUUCCAAUCCUGCCAAUCGGGAUCAGAUGUACGAAGAUUGGAUCACGAUGGUUCGCACACGUAAGGUUGCCGAAUGUGUUCCCACGAGAGGUAUGGAUGAUGUUGUCACCCUCUUGCUCACUGAGCUUCGUGAUCUCCUCGAUCCUGUUGGCGUUCCUUGGGAGGUCGAGGGCAUGACACCAUACGGAGAGAUGGCUUUGCGCACUGGUCGUCAACAGCAGGCCAGCAUCCACGCCGACUCUUCAACCGAGAAUGUGUUGGACCGUUGGGUCAACUUCUUGCAGGCUCUUCCGGGUAAAUUUCCAUAUGCUACUCACGCCGAGAUCGUUUGGUGCGUCCAAAGAGUCGGCACUGCUGUCAUGAGAGACUUAACAAUUGCACAAGGCAAGAGCUUUGGCGCAUGGUGGGUCACCAAAUGUUGGAUUGACGAAAUGAUUGCUUUUAUGGCUGAGCAGGGUGGCUUCAUGGAGUUCAAGACUUGUCGAACAACUCGUGAUCAGGCAAAGCAGACCGUGGUCAGUCGAGCUGUCAGCCAACACGAGAGCAGAUACAGUAGCGGCACGGACGAUUUUUUAAGAGAAAGCGGCCUCACGGACAAUAGAAUGUCAAUGCCUCGGCCAAUGGACAUCGCCAGCCAGGCCGCAAUGAAUGUUGCUGCAGGAAGUCACGAUGACAGUGGCAUCGGCAUCGAGAUUCGAACACCAACCGAUGACUUUAUGGGCAAAUAUGAAUUCAAUCGUCAUGUUUCCCAGCUUGGCUCCCAUGAUUUGAAUCAUUCGAUCCAACACUCAUCAAUGGUUUAAUAUAAUUCCAGCAGAUAUUGGAUUACGACAUAAGCUUCUUCUCUUUCGCUUUAGGGGGACAACAACAGAGUUUAGGGGAAUCAACUUUACGACGCGGACGACGAAAUGACUGGGCUGUAGAUCUGGGAGGUAUCGGUGUACAAUGGGGAUCAAGUGUUACUGUAUGCGGUGCUAUGAGUUAUGCGAUCAUUAAUAUCUUUUCUGCUUUGAGCUGUUGCGAUUUGGGGGUUGACGGGAGUAGGAUACCUAUUGAUUUGUCGGUUGGGAUAGGUCUAUUGGGCCCGUGUACUUAUGAUUACUUAGGUAUAGGUUGUAGGCUGAAUAAAUGCAGAACAGUCAGACACAGGAUACACAAUAGCAAUUUCUGAUCCUUCCAUGUCAUUGAUACCUCCUACCUGGAUGCGGGGAAAAUACCUACGUGGGGUGUGAACGAAUAGGAGGAACGAUCCAUGGUGCAAGAAAAAGAACGCCUCCGUGACCUUACAUCCGUCCUGCCACCUAUGAAGCAUCAUGA